GCGGCUCACACAGUUUAUCUCCCACAUCAUCCUCCUCCGACAAGGCACAUUUAGCGAAAUAAAACUAUAAUCCUGCUGUUUAAACCCACGAAUGUCGACUGGAGACGUGUUCACAGAUGAUCCGAGAGUCCCGGGCGGAAUACCGAAGCUUUUCCCCGAUGUUUUGGAGGUGUACGCAGCCUGGAUGUGUGUCGGUCUGACGGGGGCUGUGGGAUACGAGCAUGGCCACCGAAAACCGGGUCAAUUUUUGGAGGAGAAACGCAAAGGUUCCCGGAAGUGUUCAGCCUGUGUACGGAGCGCAGCACCCACCCCUCGACCCAAAGCUCCGCCGCACAUAUCUGAAAGAAACGAAGCUGAACUUGAACAACGUGAAAACCAAGAAGGCAUCGAGUUUCCAUGAAUUUGCCCGAAGCACAAACGACGCCUGGGACAUGGACGAUGAAGAGGAGGAGGAGUUUACACCACCACCUCUGUCACAUCCGCCUCCGUCACAUCUGCCUCCAUCACACGGCUCCAACAGUCAGCUCCAGAGUCAGAGCUCCACAGUCAGGCCCCUCCCCCUCUCUCUUUCCCAGGAGCAGAAAGCCUCUUCUGGGAACAACCAUGAGCUCCACAACGGGACCAUGGUCCAGUCCAGCAGUGAACCAGACCUGCAGUCCACAGACCUCGGCUCCACACAGCGGCCCCCCUCUCGCCCUAUCAUCCCUCUCGUUGCUCGGAUCUCAGACCAGAACUCCUCCGGAGCUCCGCCCAUGACCAUCCGCGAGAAGAGCCGCCUGGACAAGUUCAGAGCUCUGCUGUCUGCGUCCAACACUGACCUGGAUGAACUCCGAAAGCACAGCUGGUCUGGGAUUCCCCGAGAAGUCCGUCCCAUCACCUGGAGACUGCUGUCUGGUUACCUCCCAGCCAACAGAGAGCGCCGUGAGCAUGUUCUGCAGAGGAAACGAGAGGAAUACUUUGGUUUCAUAGAACAAUAUUAUGACUCCAGAAGUGACGAGCCGCAUCGGGACACAUACAGACAGAUCCACAUCGACAUCCCCAGGACCAACCCUCUGAUCCCAUUAUUUCAGCAGCCAGCCGUGCAAGAGGUGUUUGAGCGUAUCCUGUUCAUCUGGGCGAUCCGACACCCGGCUUCUGGAUACGUCCAGGGCAUCAACGACCUGGUCACUCCCUUCUUUGUCGUAUUCCUGUCGGAGUUUGUGGAGAAGGACAUGGAGAACUUUGACGUAGCGGCUCUUCCUGUAGAAACUCAGAGGAACAUCGAGGCCGACAGCUUCUGGUGCAUGAGCAAACUGCUGGAUGGCAUUCAGGACAAUUACACGUUUGCUCAGCCAGGGAUCCAGAACAAAGUGAAGGCGCUGGAGGAGCUCAUCAGCAGAAUCGAUGAGGGCGUCCACGUGCACUUCCGUCGGUACGAGGUGGAGUAUUUACAAUUUGCGUUUCGUUGGAUGAAUAAUCUCCUAAUGAGAGAGCUGCCUCUGCGCUGCACCAUCCGCCUCUGGGACACUUAUCAGGCAGAGUCCGAGGGCUUCUCCCAUUUCCACUUGUAUGUCUGCGCUGCAUUCCUCAUAAAAUGGCGUAAAGAAAUCCUCUCCAUCGCAGACUUCCAGGGCCUUCUGAUGCUGCUGCAGAACCUCCCCACAAUCCACUGGGGCAACGAGGAAGUGGGGCUCCUAUUGGCCGAGGCCUACAGACUCAAGUAUAUGUUUGCAGACGCUCCGAGCCACUACAAAAGAUGAGCUGCUGUCACUCACCUGUAUUUCAAAUCUAACAGAACAGCCACACCCCAAAACAUGCACAAGUGUCCUCCAGCUAGGUACUUUAACCCAGAGACACUGAGGGAUGGGUCAAAUGCAGGUUUAACCCAGAGACUCUGAAGCAUGGGUCAAAUGCAGGUUUAACCCAGAGACACUGAUGGAUGGGUCAAAUGCAGAGGACAAAUUUGAGAUAAUGAAGCAAAGAUGUAAGUUGGUAAAGCACAAGCUUAAAGUGCAUAUGGCAAGUUUUCAUGUUUUUCUAAUUCUGGCUUGGUUUGGCAGGAUAGAACUUGUACUAAAUAUUUAUCAUAGUUAUGGAAGAAAAGUUGAAAAGGAAUGUACAAAAAUGCCUUGUAUUAGUCUGAUCAUAACCAUUGUGUAGUUUAGACACGUUUUGGCCCUUGUUAACAUUCUAGUUCCUAGGUAACAGAAAAUCAAGUAGUCCAACCUGUCGUAAGCACUUUAAAUUUAAAAUACAAAAUCGUCGAUAAACAACACAGAAAUUCUGCAAAAAGGAAGCAGGGAUCGAAACACUGUCAAGGGAUCGAAACACUGUGCACGAACCCAUUUAUUUUCCCCAUAGACUAAAUGUAUUAUAAGAGAUGGAUGCUCAUCUUCUUUGGAGUAACUCAUGACUAAAACUAACUUCAAAAGGGAAGUUAUGCAAAUGAAACGUUAUAACACGCAAAGUUCUAAUCACUUUUAAAAGUUUUCAAUAAUGUUUUUAGUCGCUCAUUUGCUUCCAGUGAGAAUGUGUAAACUUCAUAUAUGGACACUAGCGGAGUGGUUCUCAACAUCUUUACACCAAAUAUCACCUGAGAAAAUGGAUAACAGUUCAAGUACUGCCAGGUAGGGUUGUCAAAAGUAUUGAACAUCAGAUACUUAUCGAUAUUAAAACUAGUAUUGAAAUGAGAUACUCAUUUGAACAGGUAUCAAUACUAAAAAAAAACAUUGACAGGACAGAAAUGAACCUUUCCUGAAUAUCUUUAGAAUGAAAAAUAUAAGACACAUAGACUACUGUACAAAGAUAUAAGGCCACAUGGGAGUACGAACAUUUAAUGUGGAACAGCACAGUACAUUGUCUAAAAAAAUAGUGUUUUUAUUAUCAUGGUCUUCUUUAAUAUUGAAAUUGAGUUUGGAAUUUUAGUAUCGUGCCGAGACUACACAGGACGAAAGGAAACAGGAUAGAAUUAGUGAUGGCUUUUUUAGUUCUGAUACUGAUACUGAUACAUUGACUUACAUUGAGUAUCUGCUCAUACUCGAUAUUAGCUGAUACCAAUGUAGGGACUGAAAUGGCUCUUAUUCCCUUAAAACAGUUAAAUUAUUACACCAGAACUCCCAUAGUGUUGUGUAACUAUUAUUUACUCUUCACAUUAGACUGAACAGCUUUGCAUGAAUAAAAGUUCAAAUAUUCUGAGACAUUCUAAAUAGUUGUAUUACAUCCAGUUAAAGGCCAAGAACGAUAUCGACACAACCCAUACCAAGAAACCGAUACCCGAUCCAGCGAAUCUUUCGAUAUCAGUGUCUAUAUUUGAGGUCAGUAUUGGCAUCAGUGCAUCUUUACAUAGAAUUGACUUUAAAUUACGUAAAGUGUGGUACCACAGUUUGAGAACCGCUGCUCUAGUAAGUCCUCACUGGUUUGAAAAAGCAAGAUUUUAGCACAGGCAGAGCAGAGUAAAUGUAAAUAAGUCUUAUCACUGGACAUGAACUCAAGGUCAUGUUUCGCCUUUAUAUUUUGUCAUAUUUAUGUGGUUCAACUUAAAAAUCUGCUUUGUACAAUCAGUUUCUCUGUGAAUUUAUAAAUUACUCCAUGUCAGAACUUAAUAAUUUUGGAGGCAAAGCACAAACAUUUGGAUGUAACUUUAGACUUUUAUUAUAGUGUAGCAUCAAAGGACCUGAACAUCGUGACUUUAGUUUUUAAAAUACUCUGGAAUAUAAACGGUAAAUAUGAUUUGUUUUACUGCAAAAAAAAAGGUUAAUUCCCAAACUGAUAAUGUUGAUUUGAGUAGUUUAGAGAUGAGAGCAUUGGCUGGUUCCAUUUUACAUGUGGAAGAAAUGAAACUAACAAACAAAAAUUUUACCUCAAAACAAAUCCAGUCUGGGUUAAUAUUCUGAACUAAAGUAUUUUAACUCAUAGAUGCACAGAAGUAGCACUGCAAAAAAUAUAUAUCUACAUAAGACAAUUUUUCUCAAAUAUCUACUUGAUUGCAAGCAUUUUUAUCUAUAAAGCCACUGUAUGGAACUUUUUCACUAAAACAUACACUAACAUAAAGGCAUGUUUUAGUUUUUCAUCUUGGUUGUGUUUAUUGCACUGAAAAAAUUCCUUACUCUGAGCGGGCUUGCAUCUCCGCAAACCUGACUAUUAUUUGGCCUGGAGGAGGGCCUUCUUCCUGCUUGUUUCCAUGGAAAUGUUACUCCUUUGGCCAUAAUAUUCCACAGUAUGGCAUAAAACUUAUUUAUCUCCUUGGAGAAUGUUCUGAAGAAUGGUUUGAACUUUGUUUCCAUGGAAUCAUACAGAUGAUGAGCCACCUCCAGAAAGUUAUAUACUGUAGCUUUAAUUACAGUAGUCCAAGUCAUAUUCCAUUGGCAAAUUGUUUGUCUCAAAUUAAAAUUACUCAAACUAAGGUCAAAUAUUCUUAGUUUGAAUCAUUUCUAUUUCAAAAAUUAUAAAAGGGACCUGAUGUUUCUUUUUCCCCAUGAUAAAUGCUAAAUUAAUGCCAACAAGUAUUGAGCAGUUUAUUUUAGGUUAAAAAAAAAGUAGUGGGAGAAAGCAGUAAUGUUUUAACUUGCAAACAGGAGAGUCGACGGGGGGGGAAAGGGUCUAUUGUCCCGGGUCCCAAGGUGUUAGCAGCCUAGAAUUGGGCCCUCUUCCUCUUAAUUUGCAUUAGAGGAAACCCAUAUUAGCCUUCCCGCCCUGGGCCCCCAAAUUUCUGCCAACGCCCCUGCUUGCAUGCUACUUUUUUUAACAGUGUACUCCUCCAUUCUCCCAGAACAAGAGCGAUACAGAUUGUGUUUUAUUUUAGUGAAAGUUCAUAUGGUUUUUUGCAUAUUUAACUCUACUGGAGUCCACAGCUUUAGAGUUUGUUUGGAUGAAGCCAGUUUAAGUGUUUUUCGGUGAACACGUUUUACUUGAGGUCCAAUGGACACAGAGCAGCUUCAGCCCAAUGCCUUUGUUACACUCUUAAAUUUGUUUCAUUUUAUUUUUGCUGUUGUGAAAUUUAUGUUUACAUAAAUUUCUACACUCCAGUGUAAUGUUUUUAUUUUUGAUUUGAAAUGAUGGUGACACCAAAAGUCUAUAAUAUAAUUAUUUGUGUAACUGUAAAACUCCAAAGUCUAAAAUUUAUUGAUCUGCUGCAAAUUCAAAAACUCAAAAAUACUACACUAUUGACAGUUGGAUGAGCCAGUCAGGGACAUGCAUAAUCUGUCUGUCUCAAAACAAAUAUGGCCACUUAUGAGGGAAAACAAAAGAGCAAAAAUAUCACAGGACUGAAAAACAUUGAGGGUUUCUGCAGAAUAAAUGAGCAAAACACAGUGAGUGACCAAUGAGCUCCUUUGUUUCACAUGUGUCACUGAAAUAAGCAAAUCUGAUUGGACGAUCAUGUUUGGUUUUGGCUUGAGGUUCGACGGAGGUAGUGGGAAACAGACUGUAUGAAAAAUAGAGAGCUUUCAGUCUGGACUUGCCAGGCAAACUAUUGACUAAACAACGACUGUUUGUGCUUCAUUAAAUGGCAACUCCAGAUGAAUCACCUCAAUGCAGCUCCACAGCCCCGCCCACUUCAAAUAAAUCCUCCAUUAAUUUUUCCCAUAGAAUUUUGGCAAAAUUCAGAUAUGAAGAGUUCAAAGGUACUGCGAAGGCUAACCAGCUGCGUGCUAACCUGCUGCAUGCUAACCAGCUACAUGCUAACUAAUAUCCAUAAUGUGGCUAUUUUAAGUCCAAAAAACACAUUUAAAACACAAGAUUCUGCUAAAUGUUUUAAUAACCUAGCUGUUUAUAAAGUUUCAGAAACAGAUAAAUAAAAGUAUAAGUCUUGUGGUCAUUAGUUCCACAGAGCUGAUCAGACUUGAGCUUUCAGACUUUUAAUAUCAAUUUUCUUGGAAAGUCUAUGGGAUAAAUCAAUGAGAAAUUUACUUCCAGAGCUGGGACGGAUGUCAAUGUUGAGGUCCUAAGCCUCUCACAAAAUCACAAAUAAAUGUAGCUCUGUGUGGUUUUUAUGUCACAUUCCAAAUCAUUUGUAUAAUUUUUGUUUUGUUUUGCUUUCUUCUGUUUUUGUAAGUUCAGAAUAAGACAAUCACCUAAACAUGAGGAGCCUCUGCUUCCGGCAAAAUGUGAAUUGUGGAGGAAACUGUGGUGAAGAUAUUUUAGUUUUUACAAUAGAAAUGACUGUCUAAGUAUCUGUUUCUAUAAUGUAAUUUCACUAGUAGUGGCCUAACUUGUAGUGUUUGCAAAAGUAUCGAAAAGCAGAUACUAAUCGAUACUAAAACUAAUAUCGCAACUAGAUACCCAUUAGCGCAGGUAACAAUAUUAAAAAAGUCAUUCACACGACAAAAUUUUAGCUUUCCUGAACAGUUUUAAGAAUAUUUUGAGAAUUACCAGAACGAAUAUGAUAUUAUUUUGUGUAUGAAAAUUACAUUCUGUUCCUAAAUGUUCAUUAUGGAAUCGAUACUGACUUAAUUUUGUAUCGAAAGUAUUUAAAUUGAGUUUGAAAUUUUAGUAUUUUGACAAAACUGCUAACUUAUUUUUUUAUUUUUUGUCAGACCACAAUUUCACAUCCAUGCUUGAGCUUUUUGUUUUUAGCUGAAUGUAACUGAGCCUUAAAUCGUUCUUUUAUUGUUCUGUUCACUCCACGAUUGUAAAAAACAUGUGUCGCCUGGUAUUUGAGUUUGAGCCAAACACUGAGACCACAGGCCAGUGCUUUGUGUUUAAGCCUUUCUGUGAAGUGAGUCAGACACUGUUUAUGUCAUUUUAUUUGUUUGUUUGUAAUAAAAUCAUUUUGU